AUGGCGGAUUUGGACAUAGUAAACAGAGACCCUAAUGACAUCAACAACCAUCUCCAGGUGGCCUUUGAAGAUGUGCUGGCCGAGCCGGAAGGAAUCCGUUCUAUGAACUGUGUCUGGAAAUUCACCUACAAAUGCUUCACUCUCUGGAAACAGCUGUGUUACAACAUCGCCACUCUCUGUUGUGGACUGUGCAUCGCCAUGAACUGGGGUUGUAUUUUCGCUGAGACGGCCUUCUACCACAUUUGGUACAUCACACCCUACCUGAAAUGGAUGGAGAUCAACUGUUCGCCAUUCAAGAAGUUAUUCAGAAUGUGCCUGAGUUGCUGUAUGGACCCAGUUUGUGAAUCAAUUGGAGACACGUGGAGCGACUUUAGACCCCAAGUUUCGCUGUUCGUGAAGAACUUGAAUGACAUAAAGUUGUCGAGGACGCCCCCUGUUGGUCGUUAG